AAUCUUAUCAGUGGUCAGAUUGCGUAGUAGUGAUUGCGAUAUGUACACAAAAGGGUAGAUAAAAAUUUACUAUAUAUACGACCAUCGACUCUCUCAGAGUCAAAACACAACAAAAACAACAACAUCACAGACCUACCUCAAAAAGUCCUGCCAACCUCAGUUUUGAAAAUGAUCUGUCUUCUUUUCCUGGCAUUAGUCCCCGCAGUCCUGGGGCACGGCUAUUUACAGGAACCACCCUCCCGCUCUAGCAUGUGGAGAUUCGGGUUCAACACGCCUCACAACUACAAUGAUAAUCAACUCUUUUGUGGGGGAUUUGAUAGACAGUGGAAUAAAAACGGCGGAAAAUGUGGUAUUUGCGGGGACCCUUGGGAUGGAGUGCGUGAAAACGAGGCUGGUGGACGCUAUGCAACAGGAAUUAUUAGCAGGAGAUACACAGAGGGACAAAUAAUUGAUGUUAAAGUGAAAAUUACCGCAUCUCAUAUGGGCUAUUUUGAAUUCCGUUUAUGUCCGAACAACAACGUUCACAAACCCGCCACACAGGCCUGUCUAGAUCAGUACGUACUUCACCAGCCAUCUGGGAGUAUUCGAUUUCUUGAGCAGGGUCGUCCGCAGACUUACUCAAUUAAAGUAAAGCUUCCAAAGGGAUUGACUUGUACACAGUGUGUUCUGCAAUGGAAAUAUAACGCUGGUAACAGCUUUGGAACUGCCCCGAAUGGUCAAGUCUGCAAAGGAUGUGGUCCACAGGAACAGUUCUACGGCUGCGCAGACGUAGCCAUCAACCCAGCCACUAGUGGUGCUCACCAGGCCGGAAGUUAUCUCCCGUACGUUCCCCAGGGAGCGGUGGCUCGCCCUCAGCUUCCGGUGGGUGGGAGUUCGGUCACCUGCACAGCCACGACGGCCUUCAGAAGAAUCAGUCCUUGGAGUGCCGACAGCUGGUGUGUCUCUAACUGCCGCAUGGGAAACUGUCCGCCAAUGUAUUGUAACACGCCGUGCCAGAGUCUGCGCGUGUUCGGGUAGUUCUUUCAGGGUUUUUAAAAGUUUUUUUCUAGUCACUUGUUAUUUACAAUCAUACUUAUAUUUUUUGUACUUUUACAUGUUGGUUGCAUAAAGUUCUAUAUUUUGUAUUUUAUAAGACUAGUCACAUGAUAAUGUAGUAGUGUUUUAUCACAACCGUUAUGUCCUUGCUUUUAUUUUUAAAAGAUCGAUUCAAAUAAGACUUUUAUGUAUGUUUAAUCAAGAUGAUUUGAAUAUUUUAUAUUGAAUUUUUUUCCAUUAUAGUUUCAUUAGUAGAAACAACUGUAAAAGUAUUUAAUUUUUGACAACUUUACAUGAUAUUAAGCAUAAUAUAUGUAUGUACUUUUAUUUAUUAAUAAAUGAUUGUAUUUA